UCUCAUUCGCCCUUUCUCUCUCUCUCUCUCUCUCUCUCUCUCUCUCUCACAGCGGUGUGGGGCUCGCUGCUGCGCCCAAUCUCUCUCCAAACAACUCGGAACCAAUCCACGCCAAUUCCUUGCUGCGCAAGAAAAAUCAAAGAGGAGGAAGAACUUUUGGUGAAGAAUCCAAUACGGAAAUUCACGUAAUACCGUCGAAUUCAAGCCCAUCCAAAUCGCAAAGUAGAGAGGAGAGGAUGACAAAAGAGCUGGAGCCAUGGACGGCUGAGCAGUCCUCAAGGAUUCCUGAAUUUAACAAGGACGUGUCGCUGAUGUCAGGAGGAAUGGUCAUAAUUGAUAGAGUUGAGGCAUCCAAAAACACCCCGAGCAGCAAUGGGGAUGUGUCUGCGGGUAGAAACUUGGGGUUUUCGGAGCGCGCUUUCUCCGCGGCUGGUGCAGCAUUUCUGUCCGCCAUUCUGGUCAACCCACUUGAUGUGGCUAAGACAAGAUUGCAGGCACAAGCUGCUGGAGUCGCCUAUUCCCAUCCAUUAAGUAAUCUUACCACUCGCAUGACGUAUUUUGGCCCACAUACGGUAUGUAAGAUGUUUGCUGAUCUGAGGUGCUCUCCAUCGUGCGCACGAGCUGGUGUUCACGGGACAGUAUCAAUUUGUCCACCUGAUUGUUUCCAUUAUAAGGGGACAGUGGAUGUUUUCUACAAAAUUGUUAGGCAGGAAGGAUUAUCUGCACUUUGGAGAGGAACUAAUGCUGGCUUAGCACUUGCUAUUCCAACUGUUGGUAUUUACUUGCCAUGCUAUGAUAUUUUUCACAACAAGUUAGAGGAGUUUACAGCACAAAAAGCUCCUGGGUUAACUCCUUAUGCACCUUUAGUUGCUGGUGCUCUGGCACGCUCCCUAGCUUGUGCUAGUUGCUAUCCUAUUGAGCUUGCAAGAACACGAAUGCAGGCAUUUAAGCAUCUCCAUGUUGACCAAAGACCUCCAGGUGUAUUUAAGACAUUAGUUGAUCUCAUCUCCCAGGUCAAAAGUACAAGCAGCUUCAAUAACAGUUUGCAAAACUACCGUUUCUUGUGGACUGGCAUGGGUGCUCAGCUUGCUCGUGAUGUGCCUUUCUCCGCAAUCUGCUGGUCAACCCUCGAGCCAGUGAGAAGGCGGCUUCUAGGUGUAAUUGGAGAUGAAGCAAGUGCUGUCAGCAUCUUUGCGUCAAACUUUUCUGCUGGUUUUGUUGCUGGGACCCUUGCUGCUGCUGCUACAUGUCCACUUGAUGUUGCAAAGACCCGUAGGCAAAUUGAGCAAGAUCCAACCAGGGCACUGAGAAUGACGACAAGGCACACUCUCGUAGAAAUUUGGAGGGAUGGAAGGAUGAAGGGCUUGUUCGCUGGUGUUGGACCCCGUGUUGGCCGUGCUGGUCCUUCUGUUGGGAUUGUGGUUUCCUUUUAUGAAGUCGUAAAGUACAUGCUAAACCGUCAAUAUGCUACAUCUUGACCAAAUAGAGGCAUUUCCUUGUUUUUUUGCGCUGCUGACUACAGCUGACUAUGGUUCCCGAGGUUGCACCAAGGCACACGGUGACACGAUAAACAUGCAUAGAUUGCACAGUUUUGAGGGCUACAUUUUAGAAACUUAACACCCAAGUGGAAAUAAUUUCCAUCUGAAAAAUUUUCCAUGUCAAUAAGUUUUCUUCUCAUUUAGUUUUUUUCUUGAUUCAAGUGUUUUAGCUGGAAUUUUGUCACUUGAGCCCACUAUUGAGAAGAGAUUUUGUAGGGAAUUUCCCAGUUUUUGCUGUGUAGAUGUCAGCUCUAUAAUGAAGCUCUUAAAUAGUUUUGGCUU